AAGGGCAUGACAUCAUCCGACUCGAUCCUGGCGCUCAUGCGCAAGUUUCGAUUGACGCCAGACGACUUGAAGUACUAUGGAGAGCACAUCGGCGUCUUGCCCAACAUGCCGCCGACGACAGAAACCGCGUCGGAGCUCGAGACGGAGACGUUUGACCGCCGGUUCGGGGUCGAGAGCAGCCACCUUCUGCGAUCGUACUAUCGGACCGAGAACGUGUUACCCGAGACAGACGACGAGCCAUUGAUUCAGGUGUAG